GUCGAUCUGUUGAACUGUUAACAACACAACUCCUGAAUAUUAUGUUUUGGACGAAAAGUUUUAUUAAUUUAAUGUUUUUGUAUAUUGUAUUCUGUCCAUGAGCGUAACAGAGACAGACAGAGAGAAAGGGACAGAUACUGAGAUACGGGGCCCUCAGGCAGAGAAAGGGCGAAAGCAAGCUACAAGCGGGUGCGAGCGAGAGCGCGCGCUUGCCUCACGCAUAUAUAUAUAAAUCUGUACAUACAUAUAGUAUCAGAAAAAAGACUAAAGCCGCUAUCGAUUUACGAAAACUGGCGAAAACUUCGACGAUUUGUCUCGAACCUAUCUAUGUACCUCACAACCACGUAUCAUCAAAUACGUAUAAGUCAGAUGUAUGUCAAACAUAUAUAUACAUAUGCAUGUAUAUACACAUCUAUCUUUUCCAGCUUGUGAGUGCAGCAACAAAGAGGAAGGCCACUUUUUUUAAGGGGACCAAUUAUUCCAAUCUCAUCCUGUAAGGGAUUAGCUGCCAAAUCGAUAAUGUCAGUCGCUAUAACGGAUGAACCCCUAAUUGACUUGGAAGAGGAUUUAGAGGAUGGCGAGAUCGACGACGAUGAGGAAGACGAGCAGCAAUCUUCAAAAAUCCAAGCACAAAAGAAGACUUCCGUAGGGGACGACGAUGUGCAGUUUGUGGGUGUCGAGGCUAGGAACCAAAAUGCCGUAGACGAAGAUGUCGUCUACGUGGGACCAUCGACAGAUGCCGGUGGCCCACAAAACAGCAACAGCAGCAAGUCAAAGAAGCCUCGCCCAUUGGAAGAUGACCAUGCUAGCAGCAUUGAGUUGGCCAUUGCCAAUGCCCUCAAGAAGAAGGGCAUAGAGCCCCCAAUGCCCCGCAUGCGUUCGUCUAACCAGGAUACGAGCGAUCAGUCUUUGGAGGGAUGCGGGGAGGGACUGGCUACCGCCAAUCCCCUUCUGCAGUCAACUCGCAGCAGCAGACGAAGGAAACGCAAGAAAGAACGUGAGCGCGAGCAGAAGAAAGACAAGGAGCACCAGAACCGUUCCCGACGUGACGAGAACGACGUGUCUGUAGUGCCGGGCGGCGUUGAGGACAUGGACGAAUAUGAGAUGAUGAACGUACGUGGCGGCAGCCCGCCAUCAGGAGGAGCGGCACCACCACUGUCCAGCUGCGGUCAGCGGUUUGGUGGUGCCGAUUGGGACAUGGACGACGGAUCAGCCGCAACCGGAGCAGCUGGUCUUGGAACGGGCGGCGGAGGGGGUUACAACUCACACAGCAGCUAUGAUUCAUACUCCGAUGAGGAGCCAAAUGGGCCCGGGCUAAUGAAUCAACGCCGCCGGACUCGAGGAGAUAAGGAAAGGGAGCACCAGCGUGGCGUGAAUAAUCGCAAGCGCAGGGAUCGCGAUCGCCUUGACGGCGGCUUAGCUGGAAGCGGCUCCAAGCGAAAUCGCCGCGAUUCUGGCGAAGGAGGCGGCGGUGGACAGGAAAAGAUGGGCGGCAGCAAUCGCGUUGAGCCCCGCAAGCUGGAGCUGUGCAAGUUCUAUCUAAUGGACUGCUGUGCCAAGCGGGACAAGUGCUCCUACAUGCACAAGGAGUUCCCCUGCAAGUACUACUACUUGGGGAUGGAUUGCUAUGCAGGCGACGACUGCCUCUUCUACCACGGCGAACCGCUGUCCGAGCAGCUCCGCAACGUUCUGCUGAAACACAUGGAGACGGCUCCGAAGGAGAUCCUUGGUGAUUUCAAGAGAAUAUCCAGAGACAAUGCCCUGGUGCAGAUGACACGGCGGCACGAACAGCUGUGUGAGCAAUUGAAUAGGGAGAACACGUGGAAUUCGAUUGGCUGCGGCUUAAUAAGCAGGCGGCAGGACCAGCAAAUGCAGCAACAGCAGCAACAGCUUCACUAUCAACAGCAACAGCAGCAGCAGGAGCAACAGCAGGCGGCUGCGGAUGGCGGCGGCUGCAUUCCCUCUCUUUUGGACAUGGUCAUCAAUCCACCACUUUCAGAAAAUAAGCGCAAGUCUCGCUGGACCGAAAAGAUGGGGGCCAAGGCAACAGCUGGAGCAGCGGCUUCUUUAGAAAGAGAUAGCACAUCGUCGGACGACAAGCCACUACCACCACACUUGGACUUAGCUAAUCUCAGUCACGUCUUAAGUGCUGAAAACAUGGCCAAGCUGAAUAAGUUGGGCAUUACGAAUCUGGAGCAGAUGCUUCAAGUGCCGUUUGGCCAGUUGACCGAGGCUGGCCUAACUCUGGUCGAGAUCGGUGAGAUUCAGCGCAAGGCCGAGGACGCCAAGCUGCAAACCCAAGCCGAAGUGGAAAGCAGCACUUCUCCUACAAAGCGGGAAACGGAGGCCAACAAUAGUAACUCGAACAGCAACGGACUUAUCAUGGUGGACUACACGCAGUACCUCAAGGAUGCACAUGUCAACUUUUCGGGUAACGAUCCGCUGGACGACGAUCGGGAUGACGACGAACAACUGAUCAUAGACGAUGGCAACGAUUCCACCGCCGAAGAGGAGCAACAACCUAAGCCAGCCAAGGCACCGCCAGCCGCCACCCAUGAAUCAGGCACAGAGGAGGCACCCUUGCCUUCUGUUUUCGACUUGCCGAGCUUCAUGAACAACAUGCUGGGUCAGGGAUCCUCAGCAAGGCAGUUGCUGCCCGCCAGUGCCACGUCGCCCAAUCAGGAGAAUGCGCAUUUGCCUGGAGGAGAUCAAUCGACACAUAAAUCAGCGCCCAUCGGCGGAGGCACCCCAACCAACGUGCUCGGCCGGAUUCUGUUCGGCGACAAACAAUCUGACCCGGAGGCUAGAGCAGCUUUCUAUCGCGACAUCAUACGGAAUCCCUUCAAGGCUCACAGUGGUGAUGGCGACGUGGACUCCAGCAAUGAGAACUCCAAUUCCAAUUCACAUUCGCUGACGCCAACUCCCACGCCAGAACCGGGAUCCCAAUCCCCCAAGCCGGAGGACCACGAUCAGGAGAUGCCAGAACUGCCUGUCAUUACACCAGCGUUGCCGCCGACAACUCCUUCGCUCUAUGUACGUCGUUCCAUGUAUGACUUCGAUCCCGUCAAAGAGCAAGAGCACGGGCGACAGGAGCUCCUUACGGAGGAGAAGCAACAGUACCAGCGUGAUACGGACAUGCGACUACCGUUCGUGCCGAUGAAACACUAUAUGCCUGCCACCGAGAUCGACGCGGCGAUCUUCUCGCACACUCCGAUCCGCUGGCAGCUGCAGGAAGUAAUCAUAGAGGAUAGCAGUUAUUCACAGAUUAGGGCCAGUGCUCUACACAAGGAGCAGCGGGAUCUACGCGAUCCCCGAAUGCGUCGGAUUCUCGGCCUUUCGGAAACGCCUGAUAACAGUGCACCCUUGGGCUCCGUGCCCAUUAUGGCCCCAAGCUCCUUUUCGGGCGACAACAGUGCGCGUUGCGCCACGACCAUCGCUUCCCCGGAUUGGGAGACUCCGUUUCGUGAUUCCACCCCCAGUUCACCGCCCCCGUCCUUGGUUACCCUACCGUCGAUGAGUGUGCCACCGCCGUCGAUGAGGGUACCGCCUCCGAACAUACAGGUAGAAAAGCCAGCUGUGCGGACAGAUCCACGUCGCGAUCCCAGGAGAGCCGUUCUGCAGGCUCAAACUAAAGCUGCUAAUACGGCAAACACCACAGCACCCAAUGCCUCUGGUGGCAACAAGCAAAUCUCCGAAAUCCGAAGCCUGCUGCAGGUUUCCAGCUGGUACAACAACCUCGGCACCAACAAUAAGAUUAUGGUGAACCAACAGCUCGCCCUGGUCUUUACCGAGCUCAAGAAGUUCCAUCACCUGCCGAAUGAUGCUCCGAAAAUUUUCGAUGUCAGCUUUAUAGUUAACAACACAACGUUGCAGCAGAUCUUCGCCAAGCUUUUUAUCUUUGUAGAUGACAAUGGCGAGGUGGUGCAGAUUCCCGAGGAGCCCAACGGUAAUGGUGCUGCUCUUGGUAGCGGCGGAGAUUCUGGAGGCGGAGUAGGAGGCGGAGGAGGAGGAGUAGGAGGAGGAGGAGUAGUGCUUCCAAAUCUAUCGCAACCCCCACCAAAUCUGAGCCAAAUGUUAAGGCUACCGCCACCGAACAUACGAAUGCUUCGCAUGUCGGGAAUGAUGAUGCAAAUGGGCAACGUGGGACCCCCUUUUAAUCAGCCACCGCCACGAGGAGGACUGAUGGGAAUGCCUCCGAAUGGCAAUGGAUUAAACCAGGGCGUUGGCAAUAUGGGAGGACUUGGCCAGUUGGGGAUAAACCAAGGAGGAGGACCUGUGCCCAAUGGCAAUCCCUUCAACCCAUUUGGUGGGAACAAUGGGGGAGGAGCUGGCGUCAUGAACAACAUGAAUUCAAUGGGCAACAUGGGCAUGGGCUUCAAUAACUUCAACAAUAAUGGCGGCAGAGGAGGGCACUUUCCGGGCGGAGGAUCAGGCGGAAACGGCAACGGAAACAAUCGCAACCAGCGAGGCGGCAACCACCGGAACCGCAACAUUUAAAGGCCAAUGCGUUGCGAAAAGGAACGAAAAGGAACUCUUUUGCCCCAAUGAUCUUAAAGCGAUGCUAUGCCCCAUGACCCUUCCCCCCAACCAUACCAUACGUCGUGGAAAACUUGUGGUUUUCCGCGCACCUUCCCCGAAAAUCCAGGCAUGACUCCUUGUAAAUGUAUUUUAUUCCCGAAUACCCAUUAUUGUCACUAUUUUUUUCGCUAGGUGUAAGGAUCUUACUAGCUAUACGAAUAGUAAAGAGUAAAUAACAAAACAAUACGGAGUAAGAACGGAAAGUGAAGCAGAACCGCUGUACGCAGCCCUUUUUAACAAACUUUUUUAAAUUAUGUAGGAUAAUCUGUUCAAUAGCCCGAGUACUACAUUGAUUAACUAGACGUACGAACUCAAAAUAAAUGACAACUUUUAAGUAA